AUGUUCGUGUUUGCUAUUGUUUUUUUUUGUGUACUCAAAGAAACUGUCUAUGUUUUUAUAUUUAGAAAUACUGAAGAACGAUCUUCUAUUACUGACAAUUUUUCUUGUCCAUCAGAAUUUGUUCUAUUCAAUAACGUGUGUUAUUAUGUUCAUACGUCCUUUGUUUUUAAUAUUUUACAUGGUGAACGUAUUUGUUCGAAUAAAUAUUCGAAUAGUAUACUUGUUAAAUUUAAUUCUCAUGAAUGGGGUAAUGUAAAUACUACAAGAUUUCUUGGUCGAUCAUUUGAUGAUAUUCUACUUGAAUUUUUCUAUUAUCAAUUAGAAAAAAGAUUAAUAAAUGAAUCAAAAAAUAAUAGUAAUAAAAAACAUUGGUUACGACUAUUACUUGGAGAUAAAACUGAUCAUAAUGAUUGUGUUCUACGUUAUUUUAUUCGUUCAUCAGGUUCAUUUACUGCUUUUCAUCGAUGUAAUCAUGGUGGUCAUCCUGUUUGCCAAUGUGAGCCAAUUCAAAAUAAUAUUUCAAAAGUUUUUCCAAUUAAUGAAACUCAAAGUAAUAUAGGUCAAAUUAAAAAUGAUUCAUUAGAAAUAAAUAUUAAAAUUGAGUCAUCAACAAUAGACCUAACUCUACCAAUUCUAUCGAAUUCUACUAAUCUAUCAAUUACGUCUGAUGAAACAAUCAUACCCAUUUGUGAUAAUUGUACAACUCUAAUUGCUGAUGAAGAUCUUCUUAAUAAUGAGACUAAUAUUGACUAUAAAUCGAAUACUAAUAAUAUAUUAACAACGACGAAAACUCAACCGUCUAAUCAUCGACGACUUGCAAUGAUUGUUACUGGUUCACUAGUCAUGUUUGUUAUCCUUGUCACAGGCAUCGUUUUUCUUCUACGUUAUAUUCGACAAACUUGUGGAUCAUAUUCAAUACGUAAUGGUACCAGAGAUUCAUCUCGUCGAAUACAACGUCGAUCAACUGGUACAACUUCAAAUGAUAUAUCAAAUAGGCCUGCUGUUAUCUAUAAUCGAUUAACAUCACGUCCACCAUCAGGAACCAUUGAUUUAGAUACGAUACACACAUUUAAUAUUUCCAGCACAAACGAUGAUACUGUUCAACUUUUACCACAAUCUAUAAAUCCUACAACACUUAGCGGAAAUAUUAUAACAAAGGAUGAAGAAGAACCUUUAUAUGCAAAAAUUCAAUCUUCUAAUGAAAAGUGA